AGGAAAGAGGAGGAGGAAAGAAUCGAGGAGGAAAGAAGGCGGCAGGAAGCAGUAGAGGAAGAAAGGAGGAAGGAGGAUAGCCAGGAAAGAGUUUGGAAAAGGGUUGGUAGGAGCAAGAUAGACGAGAUAGAUGAGGAGAUCAUAGAAGAAAGACGGAAACUACAGGAAAGUAGGGAGAAAGAAGAAGAAGAGAGACAACUCGAUGAAGAAGGAAAGCAGCUAGAAGAGGAGAAGCGGAAGAUAGAGGAGGAGGAGAGAAGGUUAGAAGAAGAGAAGAGAAAAUUAGAGAGAAGGAAACGUGACAAGGAAGCAAAGCAGAGAAGACAGGAAGAAGAGAGGCUAGAGAAAGAAAGGGAGCUUGAGAAGAAGAGAUUAGAAGAGGAGAAGAGACUGAAGGCAGAGAUAAGACAGAUUGAAAAGAAUUCAGAAGGCAACACAGAUGAGACCCCAGAAUGCAGAGUUGUUGAACUUGUCAGUGAUAAGAAGACUAUUUCCAUAAACCUUCCUGAAUGCCAGAAUGACCAGAUCCAAAUAGUUACCAAGGUUACGAUUGCCACAUCUUACUAUGUCAAGACAAAGAAUGGAUAUGUUCUAAAAAGAAGAUUAAUUGACUCUCACUAUCCAGAGAAAAGACCAAAAGUUACAAAGUAAUUUGUUGUACAUUUUUAUGAUCCUCAUGUAUUUUGUAUGAGCUUUAUGUAUCUUAUGACGUUUAAGAAUAUUUUUUUUUAUGUGCAUGAAUGAAUAUUCAUGUAUUUUGUAUUGCUAUAUAUUGAAAUUUAAUGCUAUUUAUAUAGUCACUGGGACAGUGACUUAUUUGGCAGGGGGUAGUGUGAAGGAAACCCCCCUUCGUGAAUAGGAAAAUCUCAUCUUAAAAGAGAUAUUUAGAUUUCUAAAAUGUCCUUUUCAUCUGGAGUUUUGUUUGUUUACAUAACGUAACUGAAAGCCAUUAUAGUCAUUGAAUGAAAGGUUAAGUGCCGGUGAUCAGCUGUUUUUACUACGUGAACUGUGACCUGAAUUCCAGAGAGAGACUGGUGAAUUUCUUUGGAUUAAUUGUUAGUGUGCGCGCAUACGUGUUAGCGCAGAGGAAUUGGUAUAUUUCUGCUGAGUCACGCCAUAAUCGCGUAGAGCCAGCAGUACGAUCUAUUUAUGGGACCGGUAUGGUCUGUUAUGACAUUUUAUGAGCGUUUAAAUAGCUCUAAGUCAAAUUUGAAUCUUACCUUUUGUGUAAAUUCCAUGAAAGUUGAUGACAGCACUAAUUUAUUGCUGGAAUUUCUUCAUUCAUGUUUGGAUACUGUUAUUUUCCUUUAUUCUGAGACGAUUACCGGCAGUAUUUUGAACUUUUCCUUGGAUCUUAAGCUCUGAUGCGCGCAUACGCGCACAGACGCACUAUCUUGUGUAUUUUAAAGUACUGAAUUUGCAUAGCAUCCCGCCGCGUAAUGUUAUGUGAAUUGAGUGGUUUUUAAAGCACUAAAAUUACAUAACAACCCGCCGCGUAAUG